AUGCCUUAUCAGCUAUCAUAUUUUAUGUGCAUACCCCAUGCAGUGUCGGUUCAACCUAGUACAACACCAAGCAGUUCCAAGUCUGACAGAACACGGAGAGUUGAUUAUCUCACAAAAAUCCCUCGGAGUGCCAACAUGGAAAACUUCCAUAGUGGAUAUUUGUUUCCUGAGAUAUUCCGGCGUGAGUCUGAAUAUUCUAAGAGGAAUCCAAAUACAAGGUUGAUAAGACUUGGUAUUGGUGAUACUACAGAGCCAAUACCAGACAUCAUAACAUCAGCUAUGGCUGAGCAAGCAUUGGGUCUAUCAACGGUUGAAGGCUAUAGGGGUUAUGGACCUGAGCAAGGUAACAGGGAGCUAAAGAGGGCAAUAGCAGAAACCGUUUACCAAGAUAUGCAAGUGAAAGAAAAUGAGAUUUUUGUAUCUGAUGGUGCAAAGUGUGAUAUUUCUCGCGUUCAGAUGCUUUUGGAUGGUAGUUUGUCGGUUGCUGUGCAAGACCCAACUUUUCCGGCGUACAUAGAUUCGAGUGUCAUUAUUGGUAGGGCUGGCAUGUUGCAAGCAGAGACUGGAAAGUACAAAAAUGUCGUGUAUAUGAAGUGUAGACCUGAAAAUAAUUUUUUUCCAGACUUGUCAACCACUCCAAGAACUGAUGUUAUUUUCUUUUGUUCCCCAAACAAUCCAACUGGUAAUGCUGCAUCACGGCACCAACUGAAGCAACUUGUUGAGUUUGCAAAAGCAAAUGGGUCUAUGAUAAUUUAUGAUGCUGCUUAUGCUGCUUACAUAUCUGAUCAAAGCCCAAGAUCAAUCUUUGAAAUUCCUGGAGCCAAAGAGGUGGCAAUUGAAAUUUCAUCGUUUUCAAAAUUUGCUGGCUUUACUGGUGUCCGCCUUGGGUGGACAGUGGUCCCUGAAGAGCUUUUGUAUGCUAAUGGUUAUCCAGUCAUAAAGGAUUAUAAUCGCAUUGUUUGCACUUGCUUCAAUGGUGCAUCUAACAUUGUUCAAGCUGGUGGACUUGCAUGCCUUUCUCCUGAAGGAUUACAGGCACUAAAAACAAGCGUGAGGUACUACAUGGAAAAUGCGAAGUUACUUGUUGACACGUUUGAAUCACUUGGUCUAAAGGUAUAUGGAGGAAAAAAUGGGCCUUACGUGUGGGUGCAUUUUCCAGGGUUGAGUUCAUGGAAUGUGUUCAACCAUAUUCUUGAGAAAGCAGCCAUAGUCACUAUCCCGGGCAUAGGAUUUGGUCCUGGCGGCGAGGGCUAUAUUAGAGUUAGUGCCUUCGGUCGCAGAGAAUCUGUAUUGGAAGCUUCAAGGAGAUUGACAAAACUUUUUAAAAAUAUAUGUUAUAUAUCCAAAUGUUGA